GCCACUUGAUUCAUAAAACCGACGGCCGGUGGAAAACUCACGCUCAGUAGUGACCGAAGCGCCCAGUCCGGAGGACCGAAAAAAAGUGACUUUCGAGGAAAAUUGAUUCGCUCAGUCGCCUUUUCCAUCAGUUGUUGCGCGGUUCGUGUUGAAACUAGCUAACUAACCCCCCUCUUCCAGCUUGCAUCUGAGUAUUAACCCCUUGCUCAAAUCAACCGUUAAAAGACACACACACACACAACGCCAAGAUGAGCCGCCGUCCCGGACUUCGCACCCGCGUGUACGCCUCCAACCUGGGCAUGGUGGAGCAAAACUACAAGCAGGCCAUGGAACGGCUCGAGAAGAGCCGCCGCCCGGCCUCCGCCGACCGCGAGCGGGCCAGCCUCGGCCGUGCCGUUUCCCCCCGGCCCCUGUACGACUUCAACGGGUGCGAGUUCGACGAGGAGCUGGCCGCGGCCCGUUCCCGCGCCUCCAAGGUCAUCCACGAGCGGUCGGUCAUCGAUCAGCGCGCCGAGGCCCUGCGCAGCUCCAGCCUGGUUCCGGUGUCCAGCGAUCUCGACUUUGACGAUCAGGUCCAGGCCACCCUGAACCGCAUCCGCGCCAGCAAGGACAUUCUCAGCCAGCUCAAGUCGGACGACACGCUGGAGCAGGUUCGCACCGACACGAGGGCCAAGCUGGCGGAAAACACCAGCCGAAAGAUGGCGGAAAAGCUCGCCAGCGUUGAGGACGACUUCAACUCCUCCUCCUCCGAGAAGCGAUCGGUGAGGAAAACGCUGAAGAUUAGAGCCACCGCAGACAGUGCCAGCUCGGACGCGGCCCUCCGCUGGAAGGACGAAACGGCGGAAUCGUUCGCGGCCAAGCGGGCCAACGCCACCAAGGCCCGGCUGGCCGACCUGGACGUCGAGCUGGAGGACUUUGAGGCCAAACAGGCGGCCCGGGCACGCCGCUCGGCCCAGCUGAAGAAGCUGCUGGCGGAGACGGAGGAGCUGAUUCCGGCCACCACGACGGAACACGCCGGCACCAAGGUCACCACCGGAAUGGUCAAGCUCAAAACCAAGAAGGUCGUCUCGUUCUAGAAAACGUCACACAGUGCGUGUGAGAGUGCUUUGCUCCUAGGUGUAUAAUCAAUCGCUCUUAGAAUCUCCUGUUUUGUAACUAUUUUUUAAAUAAAAUAAAAUAAAUAUGAUUAAAUAUUCUCAAGAAAAAAAUCAACAUUUCUAGCAUGUAAGAUGUUCACAGAAAAUAAAACUUUCUUUCAACUGGCACUGUA